AUGACUGUGGCUAUGGAGUAUGAGGUGAACAGCUCCGACUGGGACAUCUUGGGGAGGAGCAUAGAGUACAUCAUGGAGGCUCUCCAGGUGUCUGGCCAGCUGUCACCUGAAGAAGCCUUGGAGGUCCUCAAGCUGCUGGCAGUCAGGAUCUCAAACAACAAGAUGUCCACCGGGCUGUGCCGGAAGCUGACGGACAUCAUCAUCAACUAUCUGCGGAUGACGAAGCUGGAAGAGGAGCUGGAGGAGGUCAGCACCAUGGUCCUCAUGGCCCUGGGCUCCCAUUACCCCGGCGUGGUCAUCAUCAAGCUCCUGAACAAACCGCGUCUGCGCAGCCUGCCUCCCAGGAGCCUCCUGGUGGCAGUGGGAAAACUCAACCUCAGCCCGGGAGCAGCCGCCUACAUCGGGGUCACGUGGGAGCACGUGCUGCCUCUGCUGAGGGUAGCAGUGGAGGAGAAGGACAGGCUGGCGCUGUGUCAGGUGCUCAGCGGGCUGGCCAUCAAUGCCCAGAAGCACCUGAACCUGGGCCCCAAGGACACUGAAGCGAUGGAUAUCUCCCCGGAAGCUCUGAACAUCAAAGCCUACCUCACCCUGCGAGUCAUCUUCAACCGCUGGCUUCUCAAGAACAGGGGGAAGGUCACUGAGCAAGCGCUGGUGAUAGUGGGCCACCUCUUCUUCCUCAUAUCACCUUCCAAACUCAGGAGCCAGGUGAACUGGCUGGUGCGCAGGCUGAUGGCCCUGGUAUCCAUCCAACUAGAGCCUUUCUACAUCUCCCAGUGCCUCUGCCAGCUCUUGGAUGCGCUGGUGCAAAGCGGCUAUGGUGGCAUCAACCUGGAGUCCCAGGUGGAAAAUAUCACGAACAUGCUGUUCAAGCUGGUGAGUUUAAAGGUUCUCAGCAGGGAUUCUCUUUCCGUGGAGAACCACAGCCUUGCUAUGAGAGGAUUCUACAACCUGACCAAGCUGCACAACGAGCAGGUGGUGAUUCUACUCCUGAAGACCUUGGCGUCCAGAGACCCAGCCCGGAUCCUGUGUGCCCUUCAGGUCUUCCAAAAGGUGUUUCGAGAAGUGAAUCAGACAGAGCUGCUCAAGAGGCAGGUGAUGAACUCUGUCAUUGUGGUGAUCCAGGAGGAGUGCGGGCAGGCGUCUCUGCAACUCAGCGGUUCCCUCCAUGGCGAUUCCUGCCAUUUUGAUCUCUCCGAGCCCACGAAGGACUUCCUGCCCCCCAGGAGGAUGGAGGGAGCUGACAAGGGUUGGAACUUGCAGGUGCGGAUGGCCCUGCUUGGCUUCCUGGAGAUUCUGGCUGAGUAUGGCUACCUGCGCCUACCCCAGGGCAAUGUGAUCAUCUCCUACAUCAUCAAGCUCAGCCAGUGGGACUUCUCUCAUGAAGAGGACAUGCAGCUAUUGUGCUUGAGGAUCCUGAAGAUGCUGCCCUUGCCCAAACUGGUCAACUUCGUGUGUCACCCCACCAACUUCAAGGCCUUCCUGAUCCUGAGUAAGGCAGCCACCGAGAUCGCCGUGCAAUCUUCGGCCCGGGGCCACUUCCCAUACCUCAGCAAGUUCCACCGCAGCCCCGCCCUGAUCAUCUCCCCACAAACACUCCUCACCCAACUCGUGCUGUUUGCUCUGAGGCCCUACAGGCAGAAGGAGUUUGGGGUGCGGUCCCUGAAGCUCUUAUCUGCCCUGCACCCCAUCACCUCCCUGCACCCUGUUAUCAACUCCUGCAUCGGCCAGCUGUGGAAGAAGGUGAUCCCAGAGAUGCUGCAGACCCUGGAUGAUUACGACGAGGGGAGCCUGAAUCAGGGGACCUGGGAGCAGAGGCUGCUGCAGUUUUCCAGUCAAUCGCUGGUGGCCAUCAGCGAUGAUGGCUGGAUGGAGCAGCUCACCAUGGGCGUCCUGAACAGGAUAACUUACCUCAGAGACAAUGAUGAGGAGAAGGCUUUCCUGUACAGAUUCCUUGGCUACACCUUGAGCACCACCAACAACCCCCAGCUGGUGAAGAAGAUUCUGUGGUCGAUUCUGAAGACUUCCCACGAGGAGCUGCUGGAGAGGGAGGGCAUCGCUGUGGCGUUUAGCAUCGUGUCGAUGCGGCACCUGCAGGUGGUUCUGGACGAAGUUGAGGAGUUUGGCACCGCGCUCACCAACCAGGACGCCUCGCCCAUCCUCAAACUCAAGCAGGAGCUCCAGCAGAGGGAGUGGGGGCUGGUCUGUAGCACCAUCUACUUCAUCUACGCCAAGAUCAUCUUAGAGAACACGGCCGCCGUCUUCAAACACGUGGACAGCAUCCUGGCUUUGACCCUGCAGCACUAUCAGAACUGCAUUGUGGAGAAGGAUAACAAUCUGAAGCUGUGUUACCUGGAGACGCUGUCCCAACUCACCAGCGUGCUGAGCCAGCAGAAAAUCAUGAUCCAAAGCAACAUCCCGCACAAGCUGGAGAUAGUGGCCUUCAUGGUGGACGUGAUUAGGAAGGAGCCAAUCAACACCCUCUCCAGCCCCAUUAGACAGAACGCCAUGAGCAUCAUCACCGACUUCAGGAAGUUCAAGCCCAUCCUGGAGAACGAGAGCUGGGUGGAGCUGCUGCGGACCUGCCUCGGGAGCGUGCUGGCGCUGCCGCCCUCCGACAUCCUGAAGAGAGAUGCCUCCAGCCCCAGCCAGGGCCUGGCUGUCCUGGAUCUGUUCAGGGUCACCAUGCACGCACUGCACACGCUGAUGGAGGCCGUGGUCAUCGAAGACCCCUCCAAGGUCCCCCUGUGCUUGGAGAUGCUGGACCCCUGGCUGAACUCACACAAGGACAAUGAACGGGAACGCGCCAUGUGGAUUACAGCUCGUGUUCUGGGCUUUACGGCUCAGAUGAAUAAUUUUGAAGUGGAGAUUCAGUUUGCCCGGCUGGGGCGGCUGGUGAGGAUGUUGGCCAUUCGCUGCCAGGACUCGGUGGACAACAUCUCCUUCCUGUCUUCCCAAGCCGUCUACAACCUCUACUGCAUCCUCUUGCAGCAGAAGCAGAUGCUGAAGAAGAGGCAGGGCAUGUGGGAGGAAGAGGACAAGACUGUGGCCUACAGUGCCCACGUGUUCCACAACAACACCUAUAAAAUUGCCAAGGCGUUUGCCGAGUACUUCACUCAGAUCCAGGUCACCAACCUGGUGCUGACUGCCAUGGAGAGCCUGACAGACAGCAAGGUGAAGAUGUCGCUGGCGGCUGCGCAGCUGAUGAGCGCGGUCAUGAAGGAGCGAGGCAGAGAUAUGAUAAAGAUCAGCGAGGUGGUGGAGGGCAUCCUGGAGAGACUGCACAUGCAGCUAGAGCCCAGCACCAGGGAGGAGACCCUGAAGGCCAUGUGUGCCCUAGCCGGCAGCAACACGCCCGCCGUGGUGCCCAUGCUGCUCAGCAAGUCCCUGCCUUGGGACAGAACCAAGCUGGCCUUGUGGAAAGCCUUCGGGGCCCAGCGGGAGACGGCCAUCAACAUCCUGCAAGUGCUCAUCGCCAUCCUGGAGAAGAAGAACCGGGAGGAGACCAAGGAGAUGGCCCUGCAGCCCGUGGCGGCGGUGUGCGCCCUCCACGAGAUGCUGUCGGGGCCGCUGUGCCACGAGGCCAUCCAGGAGCUGUACCCGCGGCUGCUGCUGGCGGUGCUGUGCCACCUGUACUGGGUCAUGGAGCAGAACAUCCCGCAGAAGCUGCUGGUCUACUCCAGCGAGGAGACCGCGCGCCGCAAGAGCAAGCACCUGGACCCCACCAGCUGCGCCCUGGAGGUGGUGAGGCUGGUGCUGGUGGGCGCGGCGUACGAGGGCGUGGCGGAGUACGCCAGGCAGCGCAACUGCUGGGACCUGCUGUCCAGCCCCAAGACCUACUACAUCGGCAUGAUGGACCUGGCCAGCGGCAUCGUGAAGAAGUGUGAGCCCAACAUCCUGCAGCGGAUCCUGAACCACAUCAAGAACAUGCUGUACAGUGUCGACCACCGCCAGAGGCUCAUGGCCCGCACGCUCUACGUGCAGCUCCUGUGGCAUCGAUCGGUGGCGGAGACCAUCGGGCAGGACUGCGUGGGCAAUCUCAUCCACUGGGCCAAGGAGCCCAGCCUUAUCAUGAAGGAGAUCGGUCUUCGGGGAAUCAGCAACCUGGCGCUGCACCCCACGCACUCGAAGGACCUGAAGAGCCUGGUGCCGUUCCUGCGGACCUUCCUGAAGGGCGAGCUGCGCGUGACGGUGCAGGCAGUCAAGGGCCUGCGGAACAUCAUCUACCACCGGCCCGGCGAGGACACCAAGCUGCUCUUCUGCGACGUCUCCAGGCAGCUCUGCCCGCUCAUCAAUGACGAGAGAGACCAGGUGCGGGUCUCGGCCACCUCGGCGCUGGGCCACAUGCUGCACCGCGUGUUCCAGUUCAAGCCCGGGAUGCUGGUGCGCAAGGAGAUCUACUCCUUCCUCCUCCCGCUGCUGCUCAGCAUCCAGGACAACAACGUGGAGGUGGUCAAGGCCUGUCGAAGGGCCCUGACCGAGUGGACGAACGUGAUUGGCUGGUCGUCGCUCACGCAGAUGUUCAGGCACACCACCCUCAGCGACCACAUCCAGGUGCUGGAGGAGACCUGCAAGUUCCUGGUCAGUUCGGGGCGGCUGCAUCUGGUGGGGGAGCUGCUGACGCAGAGCUUCGGCUUUCUGAGUAGCAGCCAGGUCUUCCUGCGCAUGGCCGCGCUCAACUUCAUAGAGUUAAUCAUCAAGAACAUACAGAUGUCUUCUAUCCAUGAAGAUGACGUGGAGGAGAUUCAGACCAAUCUGGAGUGCAUGAGGAACGACUCCCAGGCAUCUGUGCGUCUGAUGGCCAGAGACAUCAUGCAGAAGCUGGACAUGAGCUUGAAGCCGCAGGCGUCCAGGAUCUCCCGGCUCAGCCAGAUGAGCAUCACCUUCCUCAGGGCCUCCGGCAUCAAAUCCCCCAAGAGGAAGAAGCACCUGUUUAAGGGGCUCUUGCGGGAAGAGGAGGACGACUACCAGAAAAGGCUCUGGCUCUGGUGCCGGGGGAUCACCAGGCCCUUUUACAUGCGCUGCCGGCAGCAGGUGCACAACGCCUGGCUGGUGAUGGGCACGCGGCUGCAGCGGCUGCAGCCCGAGCGGCGCAGCGGCCAGACCCAGCACGUCCAGAAGGUUCAGUUCCAGGCUUCCCACGUGUGCCCGGAGGGAACGGCGGCUCCCGAUCAGCCCUGAGACGCCAGCCCGGACCUCGCCGCGCGCCUUCCGCCGGGGCCUUUCUCCAGCGGUCGGUUUGUUUGUUUUCUCAUUGUGAUUUUAUUUGCCAAUAAAUCUCAUUUUUUUUCUUUCAUCAAAAGGCUCACUGGCUUCCCUCCAGGCCUUGGGAGUUGGCCAUCAGCCCGAGUGAGCAAGGCCGGUUCCUGACGUCUGUCCUUCCGUGUCCUAGACAGAGGGAGCAGGACUCAGGCCUCAGAAUUGUCCCUCCCCUUGCUCGCAGCGUGGGUGCUUGACCUAUCAUCUGAGGGGGUGCGGCCGUGGCUCUGGUGAGUGAAAGCCUCAGAUACCAUGUUC